CGACCGAUGAUCUGCCCGCAAAGCGCCGCUGCUGCUGCCAUGAACGAAGCCGAUAUCACAUUUCCUUCCGAUUGGCCCCAGCGCUUUCGCCAGUUCCAGGAGAUCGACCAGCUGCUGCGGUGCGGGAUCUGCAGCGAGUUCUUUGACACCCCCAUGAUGCUGCUUGGCUGCUCCCACAACCACUGCUCCAGGUGCAUCCGCUCGCAUUUGCAAGAAACCCAGUCGUGUCCUUCCUGUCGAGUGCCGUCCGACUCACAGCAACUCAAGCCCAAUCGAUUGAUCGAGGAUCUCAUAUUGGCUUGGAAGUCCUGUCGCACAUAUAUCCCGGCCCUCGAGCAAACCCAAAAGCAGUCCCCGACAACCGCCCACGCCCAAGUUCAAACCAUCCAUGUCCCGCUACCCGAAUCUGAAUCUGAACCCCAGUUCCUCCACCGCACUGACCCCUCGUCGGCACCAUCGGCAAACACCCGCAACAAGCGCAAGCUGGAGCAGCUGUCACUGUCAACGCCUCCGUCGCGGGCUAGCCAGCCACCGCUCAGCGACCCCUCUGCAUCAAUCCAGCCCGCCGCGGGCCAGGUGGUCGAGUGUCCGUUGUGCGCCUGUCGAGUCAAGAUGGCCAAGCUCAACAGCCACAUGGAUCACAACUGCCAGCUGCAUGUGGAGAAGGAGCCUUCGCCGAUCGUGCUCGAUGAUGAUGACGAUGGCCAAGACUCUGAGUUUAUGCCGAAUGUACGAGACCGUCGAUCAGUCAUAUCGACGACGUCAACGAGUUCGCCAAGGGGCGCCUCCCGCGCGACACCUCAAAAGUACAAGAAAUCGGUCGUCUACAGCGGCUUGGGAGAGGCCAAGCUACGGCAGCUGCUCAAGAGCGAAGGAAUCUCGUCUCACGGCGACCGACAAGGCAUGAUCCGGCGCCACAAGCAGUAUUUAGUCCUCUACAAUGCCAACCAAGAUGCCUCCAAGAAGAAAUCUACUGCCCAGCUGCUUCGUGAUCUGGACCACUGGGAGGCAUCUGAGGCCAAGAAAACCAAGCUAACAGCCUCCUCGACUGCUCUGACCAUGACGGCUGACCAUGCCACCAACACCGAAAUCGAAAACGAAAAGCAGCAGCAUCUGCUCAGGUACCAUAGCGAGUUUGAUCAGCUCCUUGCCCACGCUCGGUCGAACAAGCGACCCAAGACCACUGCCCCUUCGGAGCUGUGCAACAACGACUCUGUUGGCGAUGACCCAGCUCCCAGCGACCUCCGUCCGCUUGAAAGCAUCACCACUGCUGGAGCUGGAAUUGGGAUUGGGUCGGGUAAUGCUGCUGACGAUCAGGACGGCAGCACGGCCCUAGAUUCGUUCCUGGACCGCCUCGACAAUCUGCCAGAUGAAGUUCCGGAAUCGCCUCCGCGGCUUACAGCCAACCCAACUGACGCCCGAUGAGAGUUUCAUCUUCCGCCCGCAUAUCGCUCUCGCUUGAGUUGUGCAAGCCGUAUGAAUGCGACGAAAUCU